AUGGCUGUUACAAAGGUUCAGAUGCAACUCCUGGGUAUUCUUAAGCAGGUUAAAGAUUACAUUAAAGAAUGCAGCAAAUGCCAGGAAAAGCUAGAUCGCUCUAGAUCUCUGUCAGAUCCUUCUGAAAUGCUGGAGGAACUAGGACUGGAUGCCAAAUCUCAUGAAGACAGUAAUGAAACAGAUGAUGAAUUGAGUAAUACAACAUCAGUCCCAGAUGUGUCCCCAAAGCCCAUGAAGAAGAAGCCUAUAGCGAAGCAUGAGCUUGUAUUUGUUGACAGUAAGGGCCUUGUGAAGCAGUCAUCUUCCAAACAUUGUCUGUCGGUCUUAAACCAACUGAAUCAGCAGAGGCUUUCCAAUCAGUUCUGUGAUGUGACUCUGCUGAUUGAAGGAGAGGAGUACAGAGCUCACAAAUCUGUCUUGGCAGCCAACAGCGAGUACUUCCGAGAGCUCUUCAUUGAAAAGGGAGCUGUCUCUAGUCAUGAAGCUGUAGUGGAUCUGUCAGGGUUCUGCAAGUCCAGCUUCCUGCCUCUGUUGGAAUUUGCUUAUACUGCAGAAUUAACUUUUGACUUCUGUAGCAUGGCGGAAGUGGCCAUGCUUGCCCGGCAUCUCUUCAUGUCGGAGGUCCUUGAAAUCUGUGAAAAUGUGCACAAACAGAUGGAAGAGAAACAAAUUACAGUGUACCAGAAGGGGGAUAUUCAAACAGUAGAGUCAACACAGAGUUUAGCAGAGCAGGCUGAAGUUGAGGCACAGCCCGUGGAUGGUGAUGGGCAACCUGAGCUCACCGCCCGUGCAGAGCCAGUGGCUGUGAAUGGAGCUCCUUGCUCUGCUGGGACAGAGGAGGCAGCGGCACCCCAGCCUGACCUCCUGCCCCCAGAGCCUGCAGAGGCCGCUCUGGAUGAUCUUUCGAAGCCUGUGGAGCAGUGUCAAACAACUGAAAAUGACAUCAAGGUGCAGCUGCUGGAGGGCAUUGCGAAUAGCACUGUGUCUGUCAUGGAGGCUGAGCCAUCGGACACGCAAGCCAUGGACAUGCAAAGCCAAAUGGAAAUUGAGGCAGAUAAAAGUGAAAGUGGUAAAGCAAAUGUGGAUGCUGCUUCUGAAGACUCCUCAGAAACACUCAAGCAAAAACCUGGCAGGCAAAGUAAAGAACAGAGCGUUUCAGUUUCACAGCCGGAAAGCCUAGCGUCCAGCCAAGAUGAUACUUACAAAAGCAAACUUCGUCAGCGUUCUGUUAGUGAAGGGGGAUAUAUCAGAUUGCAUAAAGGAAUUGAAAAAAAACUGCAAAAUAGAAAGACAAAUCCGAAAUCUGCAAUACAGCAGGUUGCCAUGAAGCUGGUACAAAGAGGAAAAAAAAUGAAACAGCCCAAAAGAGAGACCUCGGAAAACAAUGAAGUAGAAGCUCAGCACAAAUGCACGGAGUGUGGAAUGGUGUUCCAGCGGCGCUAUGCACUUAUCAUGCACACACUGAAACAUGAAAGAUCUAAAGAUUAUAAAUGCCCAUUAUGUAAAAAAGAAUUCCAUUAUGGUGCCUCCCUGCGAGCCCAUCUUGUCCGGCAUACUCGGAAGACUGAAGUGAAUGCUGCGGCUGCUACUGUAGAAGAGACAGGCGUGUCUUCGGUGAAAGGGAGAACUAAACGGGAAUUCAUAUGUGAUAUAUGUGGGAGGACUCUACCUAAGCUCUAUUCUCUCAGAAUACAUAUGCUCAAACAUACGGGUGUAAAACCGCAUGCGUGCAAGGUUUGUGGAAAGACCUUUACGUAUAAGCAUGGAUUAAAAAUGCACUUAGCUCUCCAUGAAGUACAGAAACAGUUCAAGUGUGACUUGUGUGAGAAGUCUUUUGUCACAAAAAGAAGUCUUCAGGAACACAUGAGCAUUCAUACAGGAGAAUCCAAGUAUCUUUGCUCCAUCUGUGGAAAAUCUUUCCACAGGGCAUCAGGACUCAGUAAGCACAUAAAGAAACACCAGCCAAAGCCCGAAGUUCGUGGAUAUCAGUGUACUCAGUGUGAAAAGAGUUUUUAUGAAGCUCGAGAUCUUCGGCAGCAUAUGAAUAAGCAUUUAGGUGUGAAGCCAUUUCAGUGUCAGUUCUGUGGGAAAUGUUACAGUUGGAAGAAAGACUGGUAUUCUCAUGUAAAGUCUCAUUCUGUCACAGACCCCUACAGGUGUAAUAUAUGUGGUAAAGAAUUUUAUGAGAAAGCCUUGUACAGAAGACAUGUACAGAAAGCCACACAUGGUAAAAAAGGAAGAGCAAAACAAAAUCUGGAACGAGUUUGUGAACAUUGUGGGAGAAAAUUCACUCAACUCCGGGAAUAUAGGAGACACAUGAACAAUCAUGAAGGUGUGAAGCCGUUUGAAUGCCUCACUUGCGGAGUAGCCUGGGCCGACGCACGUUCCUUGAAGCGUCACGUGAGGACACACACUGGAGAGCGGCCGUACGUCUGCCCGGUGUGCAACGAAGCUUACAUAGAUGCCCGGACGCUACGGAAGCACAUGACCAAGUUUCAUAGGGACUACGUACCCUGCAAAAUUAUGCUGGAAAAAGAUACUCUUCAGUUUCAUAACCAGGGGACGCAGGUGGAGCACGCCAUCAGCAUUUUGGCAGCAGACGUGCAGGAACAAGAAACAGAGAUUAGCGUUGGUGGGGAUGAGAUUGAGACUGUGGUAGUGACAGGAGAGACGCUUGAAGCCAUUGAAGCGGUUGCAGCCACUGAGGAAUGUACGUCAGUCUCUACUCUUUCUGACCAAAGCAUCAUGCAGGUGGUAAAUUACGUAUUGGCGCAGCAGCAAGGACAGAAAAUGGCUGAAGCAACGCAGGCCCUGGAAACUGUAAAAGUAGAAGUUACAAAGACAGAGUGGAUGUAG